AUGAAGUUAAUCACCGGUAUUACCCUCUUGUCAGCUCUUGUGUUGUCCGUCGUGGCCGACUCCACUGUCAUGCUCUGCUCAGAUGCCAACCUGGAGGGUACAUGCGUGUUCAUACAAUACAAGAACAACAAAUGCCACAACGUACCCGCACGUAUGAAUGAUGUAAUCUCAAGCGUUGCUCCUGGUGGCAGCGGUCACCAUUGCACACUCUUCAGGGAUUAUGAUUGCUCUGGUCCAACCUAUGAUGUUAACUCAUAUGUGGCCUUCCUUUCCGGAUUUAACGACGAGAUGUCGUCUUUCAAAUGCUCCUCUUGA